AUGUCGCCAACCACCAACCCCUGGUUUUUGUUGGUGAUAUUCUCGCCUCAUGAAUCCUAUAAAGUCCCAACUUGCCAAAGAACGACCAGCGGACUUUGCCCAACCUCCUUCGCACGCGGACCACUGCCCUCAAACGCCAGUUAUAUCAUCGACAGUUUUUCUUCUUAUCUUCCUCAAUCAAAGUCCCAAGUAAUUAAUUUCUCGCACACCGGCAACGGCAAGUUAAACACCAUGUGCGACAGCUGCCGCAACCUCAUCCCAGAGGACCCAGAGUUCUCUCCCGGUAGCCAAUACAAAUGGGUCUGGGAAUCCGACACAGACUGCGAGAUUUGCCAGUUCAUUUGUAGCACCGCGACAUCAAUUCACCCUGAUCUAGGCUCAACCGACGACCUUGAAGCAUGGGUGCGUCUAGAUAAAAGACAGAACCGGUUCUAUUUCGACUUCUCCGGCGGGUAUGCCCUGCAGGUUUAUGUCAAGCUCGGUAUAUCUCCCAUUUGCUCUUCCUCAUCAAACAAACAAUUGUCUAAUUCUGAUAAUAUUUUUGUAGACUACGAACCUGAUGAAGGUCGUGACCAGCCAGGACUCACCACCGAGGAUCCAAUCGAAUUCACAAGAAGAUGUCUUGAAGAGUGUGAAGAAAACCACCCUAAAUGUUCCCAGCGCACCUCAGAUCUCCAGCCAACACGCCUCAUCUACUGCGCCGAAGGUGCUGAUCAGCUCCAACUCGUGGACAGUGACGACAUUGGCGACGUUGAAUACGUCGCUUUAAGCUACUGCUGGGGCUCGGACGGUCUCUUCAGAACUACCCUAGACAACAUCGACGAGUUGAGAGAAGGGUUUGACCUUGAAACCCUGCCGCAGACACUUCAAGACGCUGUAGAUGUCACACGCCAGUUGGGGAUGGAGCACAUCUGGAUUGAUGCAAUCUGCAUCAUCCAAGACGACACAGCUGAGUGGGAGCAAGAAGCUGGCAGGAUGGCAGAGGUGUACGGGAAUGCACGGGUUACUCUCGCUGCCUUGUCUGCGUCUACGGUGACGGAGGGGUUUCUUCACUGGAAAAGAAAUCCACCGGUGGUGACCUGGGAGUUGGCUGGUGAGGAUGGUGAAACGUUUCUGCUGGUUGGGAAAGAGGGAGUGAAAAGUGGCUUGCAUCCCCAGAGUUUGGACCGCGAUAACCCGUGGCCGGGUGUCGGCAACUUUGAUGACUUCUUGGAUCCAGUGCAAACAAGAGGAUGGUGCUUUCAGGAGCAGGUACUCUCUCGCCGGUUCAUAGGCUUUUCCAGCAGAGAGGUACAAUGGCUCUGCAAGACCACCAUGGGUUGCCAGUGCGGACCACUUGAUCCCGACAGUGGAGGCAGCCUACGUCCCCGACCUCCCACCCUCACCAUGCAAGACGAUGCGUUUGCUUUCUGGGCUGAAAUGAUCUCCGGCUAUAGCCGCAGAGCUCUCACCUAUCAGAAGGACAAGCUGCCCGCGAUCGCAGGUCUGGCCCGUGAAAUCCAGAACACCACUGGUGCCCCUUACGUUGGUGGGAUCUGGAUAAAAGAUCUGACACGCAGCCUGAACUGGGUAGCUCGCGAAGUGAACGAUGUCUGGGCGUGUCCCGACACCUACAGAGCGCCCUCUUUCUCCUGGGCUUCUCUAGAUUCUCCGAUAUCCAUGGACCCCGAAGACUAUCUAACUGGAUAUGUCGAGGUGCUGGAGUACUCUGUCGAGCCGAAAGGUCAAGAUCCCCUUGGGGAGAUCAACGCUGCCAGUUUGACCGUCAGUGGUUAUGUGCAUUCGGCCACCCUGAUGGACAGUGAUGACACCGCGGAGGGAUUCGAAUAUGACGUCAGAUUCAAGAGCAGCAUCAGAAUUGCCAGGAGGUACGCCAUGGUUCGUCACGACACCAAGCUUGUCAGGGUUCAGAUUGUGGACGCAGCCGGGGAAGUGCAGUGGUCUAUCCAGCGAGCCAGAGAGGGGGAGAUGCCAGGAGAGGAGGAGUUCAGACCUCAGGUGACUGUGCUAGCGCUCUGCUUGGGUGUGGAUGAAGCAAACAGGGCUAUUGAGUUUCUCAUCCUGGCACAGUGUCCAAGUGACCUAAAGACGUGUGAAAGAAUUGGGUCCGUGAGGGUCACCGAAUCUGACCCACAGCCCGAUUCUGAGGAGGAAGAGGAGCUCGAGUUUUGGAAGUUUGACGAUUUUCUUGCUGAAAUCACGGACGAAAACUACAAAACGACCCUCACAUUGGUAUAG